AUGUCGGACACUGGAGGGAAAAGGUUGACGGUGCCGAAGUUCUCGUCCUUCAAGCCCAAAGCUUCGACUUCUACACCUUUAGACACCAAAACUUCCCACGACCGCAAGGAUGAGAAGGACGACAAGUUCAAGGAGAGGCGAUCUCGCCGUGAGCCUCGGCAUCAUGAAGACCGCACAGACCAUCGCUCUGAGCAUCGCCAACAUCGUCGGAAAAGGAGUCGCAGCCGAAGUCGGGACCGGUCAGUUGUUACAAGGCCAGAUUUGUCAAAUGUCUUGAGCGUCGCUGAAGGUGUCUUCUUCUUCGACAAAAAGGGCGACCCCUUGAUCAGGAGAUACGGUGGCAACGAUCGCUCUCGCGUGCCCAUGUACCGUCGUGGGUACCGGGGACGAGUCCUCGGCUCUGAUGGCUAUUUGUUCAUCCACGGAGAUGGUUCAUAUGAGCAGUUUAGCAUUCGAAUGCCUGGAGAGGGCAGCUUUUCCUCGAGAGACAGAGCCCUGUUCCAACCCAAGGUUCAUCGAGCCAAGCCAAAACGCAUACGACUGCGAAACGAGCCUAGUGGAAACCUCUCACACGGCGUUGAAGAAGACUUUGUUCCGCUGAGCAAUUUGAGGCGACGGCACAUCGAAGAGUCACAGUCUUCCGGCGACGAGAGGCCCUCGUACCGAUCUAUCGAGGGCAAGGCCAAGGCUCACGAGUUUUCUGACAGCGAUAUCGACCUUGACUCUGAUGCUCAGGAGGAUACUGGCCUCGACAUGGAUGACCCUUUGAAACAGCGCUCCAUUCAGCUAGCCAGAAAAAUCAAGGAGCAUCCUGAGAACAUUGAGGCUUGGCUUGAACUCAUCAGGCAUCAAGACGUCCUCUUGAACGCCGGGCAGAGCUUGGACCGUGAAGUUACGAAAGCUGAAGUUCACAGCUUCGCCGAGAUCAAAACAUCAAUGUUUGAGUCUGCAUUGGCCCAAGCAAAGAAGCCUGAGGAUGAGGAGCGCUUGCUGCUCGGUUUGAUGCUUGAAGGCUCCAAAGUUUGGUCAACCUCCAAACUUGACAAUCGUUGGGAGGAUGUGGCGAAGAAGCACGACUCGAGUUUCUGUUUGUGGAAAGCCAGAGUCGAUAACAAACUCACCAGCCUAUCGACGUUUCAGUACACUGAUAUCAAGGCUAUGCAUAUCAACCGACUACAGGCCAUUCUCAAGCAGGACAAGGUCUCAGGUUCGCCAUUUCCAGGCCACGCGACGAACGAUUCGGAGGUCUCACGCUACGAGCAAAUGAUCUUCGUCUUCCUCAGAGCCACGAGAUUCACCUACGCUGCCGGGUUCCGCGAAAUGGCUGUUGCGGCAUGGCAGGCACUCCUUGAUCUCAACCUCCAGCGGCCGUCGAAUUGCGAUGACGUGGCAAAGUUACAGGUACUCGAUUCUUUCAGAGACUUCUGGGAAGAUGAGGCGCCGAGGAUAGGGGAGAAAGGCGCUUCUGGCUGGAGGCACUAUGUCCAGGUAAACGGCACCGUCGACCUACCAGAAUCACAAAAAGACGACAGUGCAAUCCAAGGGUCUCGGGACGUGUACAGAUCGUGGGGCGCAACGGAACGCCUCCGAGCAACGAACGCAAGGAGCCCAGCACGAGCCACGGAUGAUGUUCUCGAAGACGAUCCCUACCGUGUCGUCAUGUUCUCUGACAUUGAGGAAUUCCUGUUCGUCAUACCUUCGAGUGCCGUUCCUACCGUCUGGAAACAACUCGUUGACGCGUUCCUACUCUUUUGCUGUCUGCCCCCGGCAUUCCGAGCGAGUGCCUGGACCGAAGCAGCGGAGAAUGACGCGUUAAUUACAGGCAGCUGGAGCUUGUUUGAGAACGAUGUACUCCAGAAGCCGAAUGAACCUGAUGUCAUGGACGAAUCUAAAAAGACACCGACAUUCAAACAAGACGGAUCUCGCCUCGUAGCGUCACCCGAUUUACUCUUUGCUGGCCCUGACUGGUUCUCGCUUUUCUCCGGUUGGACUAGCACAUCAAAAGUUUUGGAUGGGCCAGUGAAUCUAACCUUGGUGACAAAUGCUGUACGGCUGCUCGUGAGCUCGAAGGAAUUCGGAGAGCUGGCUGAAUAUUCGCUUUCUAUUGAAGCGGUCAACGAACCUAAUAGCAUCAAGAAACGUGCCAAAGCCUUGAUCAAACAAGACCCGGCCAAUCUGAAGUUGUACAACGCCUACGCCUUGGCUGAGUUCGUCCAUGGAAAGUCAGAGGUUGGCUUUCAAGUAGUUGCGUCGGCUACCGGCUUGAUCUCUACUCCCAACAACAGUGAGGGGAGGAUCCUAUGGAAAACAUGGGCCUGGAUGGAACUCCAUGCCGGGAACAACGCACAAGCUAUUGUCCGACUCUGUGCCUCAACGGAUGGGUCCUAUGUGAAUACCCCUGAGGCAGUGAUCGGGGCUCCCUCACAGCUUCUCAAGGCACAGCAAUCACUUUCAGCAAACUUGGAACAUGAAACCUCUACUGGGCAGCUAGAUGAUGCCAUCAUCACCGCCGAAUGCCUAGCACUCCUAGCAUACCUCACAGCACAGGAAGGAUCCGAACCAACAUCCGAAGCCCAAGGAAGCAUCUCAGCAGCCAUGGAGAGAAUAUGGACCAUGUCUUCAGAGCUAUGUGCUAGGGGCCAGUACAAGUCACCAACUCACGAGAGGCUUCUGCAAGCUGGCGCAAGGCUUCUUUACUAUCACGCCAGUCGAGGGCCAUUUCGACGUGCAUAUCUUCGAGAUCAGCUCAGUCAAUUCAUUGAGUUGUUCCCGCGAAACACACUCUUUCUGAGCCUAUUUUCCUGGGCAUCGACCACAUUUGGCAUCGAUGACCCAGUUCGUGACAUCCUUCGCAAGGUUGCUCUCACGAACGAAAACGACUGCAUCAGCAAUCGCAUCUUUGCGAUCCGCUAUGAGCUACAGAGAGGAAACGUGCAUUCUACACAAGCGGCCUUUGAGAAGGCACUCGACAGCCCUGCAUGCAGGUCCAAUCCAGGUCUCUGGCGAUGCUACAUCAGGUUCAGCUACGCCAGGAAGCAGUUCAGGAAUAAGGCCAAGGACGUCUUCCUCCGAGGUCUGCGGCAUUGUCCUUGGUCCAAGGAACUGGCCCUCGAGGCAUACACGACUCUCGUCAAUGUCAUGGACGAGUUUGAACUCAAAUCUGUUUUCGACACGAUGUUGUCCAAGGGGUUGCGGAUACACGUCGACAUGGACGAUUUUAUUGCCAACCACGAGAAGGCGAGAGCAGACGUAUCUGAGGCUUCUCGGACGAAGCGUAACAGGACGGGGGGGUGA